UCACACGCUUCCUUUUUUCCCAACAUCAUCAUCGGAUGAAUUUCAGUAGCAUCGUCGUGCUUGACAAUGGCGGACAUACAAUUAAGACCGGCCUUGUUACAAGCCAGGAAAUCAAACCUUCUCCACACCUGAUUCCGAAUGCCAUCGUCCGUUCAAAGGGGGACAAGAUGACCUACUUCGGCCACGAGCUAGAAAGAUGUAGAGACUAUUCCUCUUUGCAUUAUCGUUUACCUCUGGAGAAGGGAUAUAUUGUCGACUGGGAUGCCCAGAAAGCGAUAUGGGACGGUGUAUUCUCCGACCAAGUUUUGGGCAUCAACACGACUCAAUCAUCUUUGAUAUUGACGGAGCCCUAUUUCAAUCUUCCUAAUAUCCAGGAGGUAUAUGAUCAAUUCAUAUUUGAAGAGUACGAGUUCUCCUCAUAUUACAGAUGUACCCCCGCGUCUUUGAUACCUUACGGACAAUUGUUCUCAGUUGCAGGUUUACCUCAACCCGAAUGUAUGACAGUAGUGGACACCGGCUUCAGUUUCACACAUGUCAUUCCCAUUUUAAAGGGCAAAAUCGUCUGGAAUGCUGUCAAAAGGCUAGAUGUUGGCGGGAAGUUAUUGACCAAUCAUCUCAAAGAAUUAGUCUCAUUCCGACAAUGGAAUAUGAUGGACGAGACGUACAUCAUGAACGAUGUCAAAGAAACUUGUUGUUACGUCUCUCAGAACUUUAAAAAUGACCUUGAAAUGACUAGGCUGGACCCCAAAAAUAAUUCUAUAGUACAGCAAUAUGUUCUUCCCGACUUAUCGGUCCGCAAACAAGGUCGCAUUCGAAAACCAGAGGACAUCGUCCCCGAAUCAGAUCAGGUCCUUGUGAUGAAUAACGAACGGUUUUCUGUCCCUGAACUCAUUUUCCGUCCAGAUGACAUUGCUCUAGAUCAAUGUGGCUUAGCGGAGGCAAUAGCUGUUUCUAUCUCGCUUCUACCAGAAGAUUUACGCGGCUUGUUUUGGGCGAAUAUCGGGUUAAUUGGGGGAAACUCGAAAUUUAUCGGCUUCCGACAGCGUUUGUUGUCCGAGGUUCAGCCCUUUGUUCCUGCAGGGUAUAACGUCUGCAUUUAUGAGUGCGAUGAUCCAAUAACAGAAGCGUACAAGUCUGCUCUUAACGUUUCCUCAUCGUCGGAUUUCAUAAGUAAGGCGGUCGUCACUCGGGCUGAAUAUUUGGAAAAAGGCAGUAAUGCGUCAUGGGAGAGGUUUCGCGACUGGAGAAAUGCAAAACCUACUACAGAGAUAUUAGACGGGAUGCUCGAUGAGGAAUCGACUAUCGGCACGUCAGCAGCGUCCGCGUCAAAGGAAGGACGGGACUCUCGAACUUCGACAACCGUUGACGGAAGUAAUACCUCGGUUGGGAGCAAAGUUUCGAAAACGAGAAGUAGCGGGCGUAUUGUGGUAGGCGGGAGGGCCCGGUAGUAGUAGUAGAGCCACUUUGGUACUUGUCGGUGC